CUUCCUUCCCACUAGUCAUUCCCGAGUAGUUAGAGUUCAUUUGAUUGCGGAGAGUUCUGGUGUUUCUACUGCUACUUCACGGUGUUGCUUGAUAUUUUAACUACAGGUACGAUUCUUAUAAACCCUACUAGCUAGGGUUCUUCAAGAUAUUGCAAUCAAGUGGAAAUCAAAUCAAAGGUCACCCUUGGUUGCUAGUGUGAAAUUGCAGUACUCCCUGUUGAGGUUCUAGUUACCUCAAAUUACAAAAUCGGCAUGCAGUUAUGGACGACUUCCCUUCUGCCAAAUUCAAAUGGAGGAUCGAAAAAGUUUCUGAAUUGAACCAGGACAAUCAUUUCUCGCCUACAUUCACUGUAGGUCCUUAUAAAUGGAGUUCUUGCCCAUCGAACUCGAGGAAUCCGGCCAUUCUGGUAUGAAGUCUUCACAUGAAAAAACCAAGAACAGAAAGAAGCUAGCAAAGGACAAUUCUUCAGCUGUUCAAAGGUCUAACUGGGAUAAAAAUGAAAAAUUUCCAGUUUCUUCCAAUUCUAGAAUCAAUGAUCAGUCGACGCGUCCUCCAGUUUCUUCCAAGUCUAACAUUGAUGAUCAGUCGACGCCUCCUCCAGUUUCUGCUGCAGUUUUUGUUACACCCACGUCGCUCAAGAAAUCAGAUUGUUAUCGGAAGUAUUCCAUUGAUGAAAUCAAGGUUAGGUAUCAUCUUGAUGAAAGAUUCGAAGUUGAGUUCGUCGAAGGAGGAGAUAAGCUGACUGACACACUUAUCAAGAAUUUUCCUUAUGACAGAGAUAACCUAUUGAUUGCUGUCGGCCAGUUGGAGGCCGGGCUACGUUUACCUUUGUACUACCCGGAAAAUCCUUUCUAUUAUGAGGUGUUGAGUCAACGUGCUGAUAAGAGGGGCAUCUUUCAGUACACCGGCAAUUUCUUUCGUUUUUUGCGUGAAUGUCGCAAACGUAGCAAGGGCUGCACUGGGAUCACGUCUAUUGUUCCUCAGUUUCGUCGUGAGGAUUACACUGCAACCAACUUCAAGUGGACUUGGGGUGAUAACAUAUCAGUGAGGAACCGGUUUCCUUGGUGUGUCGGCCCUCGUCGCAUCCCUUAUAGCCAGGAUUAGGAUUUCUCCGGUAAAGUCGAGCUCCUCUCUGAGUAUAAGCCUAAUAAGGGGAAAAAGUUUGAUAUGGUGCGACUUGAUCAUGAUGACAAGUGGUUCCGGACUCCCUUGCGUAUUAAGGGUCCUUGGGUGAUGGGCUGGUUAACUUCUGGAGAUCCCCGCACCAGCUUUGUGAAAUACUAUCCUCCUUACGAACCAUGGACUCUAAACAUGGUUGCUAGUACUGAAGUGACUUCUGUUCCUCGUUCUACCGAUGGGACUGCCACAGUUGGUGAUGAUCCCAAUUGGACGACUCCACUAGUUCGUCUGAAGCGAAAGCCCGCCCCUGGUGACAAGACUGUUGAGGAUACAACUGUGAAAAGGUCUAGGCCUGAUACAUUGGAUGUCCGGUCUUCUAGUAAGAAUACUGAAGAUGUGGAGAUCCCAAAUGUUGACGAUGCUCUGCAAGUUCUUGACACCUCAACCACCAGCUGUGAUGUGGGUUUGUGUGAGAAAUAUACAGUGAAUUCUUCAAGUGGGGAUGCAUCCAUUCCACCCGUUGAUCCUUUGGCCAACCCACCUGUUGCUACGAAUGUUGUGCCAUUGCCUAACGGUGAUGCCCCAAGGGUUAUGGAAGAGAGUACUACUCAUGCUGCUCCUUUUGUGAAUUCGAGCGUUCUUGAUUUCGAAGUCGGUGAUGGAGGCAAUGAGUUUGAGGUACCAGGUAGUAUCUUUGGUGGACCUUCAAAAGAAUAUUCUUCCAGUGCCACUCCUGCUGUGGAUGCGGGUCCAGCUUCUACCCCUCUUGGUGCAAAUCUCACUUCAGAAGUGCAGUCUGGCGCCAUGGCUGCGGGUCAAGCUUCUGUGUCUGUUCCUGGUGCAGUGUCAUCCAACAUAAUUGCUUCUGACCCGCUAUCCUCUUCAUCUGGCGUCGAGCCGACGAAGUCCCAUAUGUUCUGUAAUCCCUUUGUUGCUCUUGAAGAAUUCGAGGAUGAGGAUGGGUUGAUGCAGUCCGCCAUGUUGGACUACGAGUCUGCCUUCUCUUCUCUUGCUAGGUUUGGUGAGUACUGCCGUAUGGCCCGUAAGUUAAACCAUGCCAAAUUCAAAGAGUUUGCUACCCGCUUGUCUGGUACUCAGCGUGAGAAGGAUUUGCUGGCGUCAGAGGUUUGCGGUCUUAAGAAGCGGAUGCAGGGAUUGGUCAGUCGUGCAGACGAGGCAGACACUGCACUGGCUAAACAAAUAGAAACCACUAAUUGUGUCCAAGAGCAGCUGAGAAUUGCGAAUGCCCGAAUACAAGAGCUUGAAAGUUCAAACCAGGAUCAAGCUCUACAACAUGCGGGUGUGCAGCUUCAACUGCAAGAUGAAGUUGCGGGUCUGAAAUCUCAGCUCAAGGAAAACGCAAACCGGGCCAAGGAAUUUUACGUAAAGUGGGCCAAGGAUCAAGUAAACCAAGCUUUUGACCUAGCUGAAUCUUCUGGGAUGAUGAAGCCUGGUGAAAAGUUCAAACGUCUGGUAUGACUUGAUACCAUCACUUGUUGGUGGAUGGUAUCAUUUUGUUUUUCCUUGUGAAGAUUCUGUAACCAUCUAUCUUGUGCAAAGUAUUGUGUUUUAGUUGGUCGCGUU